CUGGGAUCGUUAGUUACGGCACAGUGCUGUCCUACCUAAAUCAUGGCAUGUCUGAGAUGAGGUCUCCAAGUGUGUGUGCUCUUCUCGCCUGAAAGCGCUCCACGUGGCAGCGUUGCUGGAAUCUCUCGUAGGCAGCAAGUAGAGAACGGAGCGUCAUCUCCACCUGGAGGCAGAAGGGAGGAUAUAUCAGGGGCCCAAUUGAGGAAGGGGAGUAAAUCAUUAUGGCCGUCGCUAGUGCAAGUCUUUUGAGCACCAUGCCACCACCGUCUUUGCCGUUCAAGGAUCCUCGUGUGGUUGACAGGAAACUUUCGGCGAGGGAGAUCGACGAAGGCGUGAUGCGAGUUAGACGGGGUAUUGGAAUGGCCGAGCUUAGGACUUUGGAUCCGUUUCUCUUGUUGGAUGAAGUCAAAGGGAAAGCACCCGCAGGAUUUCCCGAUCAUCCGCACAGGGGGUUCCAAACGGUCACCUAUGUUCUCAAGGGAUCCGUUGUGCAUGAGGAUUUUCAAGGUCGUCAAGGAACAAUACGUGAUGGGGACGUUCAGUGGAUGACUGCAGGCAGAGGCAUUGUGCAUUCGGAGAUGAUAGGGUCAGCAGAGGAGGAGACCCAUGCUUUUCAGUUAUGGGUGAACCUUGCAGCCAAGGACAAAUUAAUGGCACCAUCAUAUCAGGAGAUUCAGGCGAAAGAUAUUCCUGUUGGGGAGGCAAGGGGGGUGAAGGUAGUGGUUAUUGCAGGAACCGCCUUUGGCGUCACCUCACCCGUCUUUACUCAGGUCCCAAUGAUGUUUCUAGACUUUAAUCUUGAGCCAGGUUGGGAGAUGCAUCAACCAGUUCCGGCGGGCUGGAGCAGUUUUAUCUAUAUCAUCUCUGGGUUCGCGAUCUUUGGUGCAAACCGUGUGAAAUCAGGACCCCAUUGCACCCUGGUGCUGGGUCCUGGCGAUGGAAUUACCGUGAGGAACGAGGGCCGCGAGGACUGUCGUUUUCUCCUUGUUGGGGGAUCGCCACUCCGCGAACCCAUCGCGCAAUCUGGACCGUUUGUGAUGAACACAAAGGACGAGCUCCGGACGGCGUUUCUCGAUUAUCAGUACGGAAGAAACGGGUUCCAAAAGGCAUCCCAGUGGAGAUCGCGACAUCGCCAAGGAGGGAGCUGAGUCAGCUGACUGCCACACGGAAUGAAACGGAACGGAGUGUGGCUGACUGAAGUGUGAGACCAACACCAGUCAACACCAUGGUACUCCCAGAGAGCAUUCUCUCUGAGCAUUCCAGGAACCUUCCCCGAACUAUCGGGAAACCAGCGCCAAGCGAGCUGAUUUCCGCCUCAAGCUGCAGCGUGCCGCAUGCGGCGUAUGAACUAUAACGUCAGUAAGACACGGUCAUCGUGGUAUCGCAAGUCCGGAGAGAGUCAUCUGUUUUCUUUUUCCGUAAUCCGUUUGCAUGCGUCUGACGCUGGUGUGCUUUUCAGCAUCCUCCAAGCAUGGCCAUGAUCCGGACUACGUAUGUCCUUCCUUUGGAUCGAUUGUGUCUGGAGAAAGACGUUCAAGGAACACAGAGGUAUAAGAAUCAUAGGAGAAUAUUUUCCUCAGGUGGUGCUUUUUCAGCUGUUUCCAUCUAGGAGAGUGAGCAGGGCUCUUGCCUCCAACCAGAACCAGGACCAGGACCAGGGCCAGGAUCAGCACUGUGAAUCUGGGUGAGCAUAUUGCCAAAAGUUGCGUUGGCCGCCGCCUCUCUUUCAACAUCCCUUUGAGGGCGGUUGGCGAACGACAACUGGAACACUGUGUGAUCAAGCACACACUGUGUGUGUGUAUAUAUAUAUAUAUAUUGUCACAUCACUACAAACUAAAAGAGCGCACUUUGCGAAACAAAGAAUAAAAGCAAAAAACGGGCACAGUGAUAACAUGCAAAAAUAAAAACAAAAAGAAAAAACAAGGGCAGAUUGAAACCAUUAAAUUUCUAUAUAUAUAUAUGAGUCGGUGAAACUCCGACGAAACAGUUUGUCACAGCCCCGCGUUUGUUGUCCUCUUCUCCCUCUCUGCCUACGGUUUACCGUCGGCAGUUCUAUUUGACGAUAUAUAUAUACCACACAAGCAUUGCUAAAACGAGCUAAUCCAAGCGCGGCGCCGCGGGUGGCGGCUAUUUGUUGAUACAAUGCUGCGCGAGAGAUUGUGUUAAACCUCAAAUCUAUCAAACUAGAUGCGAUGCGAUGCGCCAAUGCAUGAUAUGUUUCUUCUCUCCAAGCCACGACAGCAAUGCAGCGCAGAAGAAGUUGUGCGUCCUUCAUGAAGGGGAAUCAACGACCACAAUCAGCGCAUCAUGGCUGCAGCAAGGAGCAGAAAACCAAGUGGAUCUAUGAUGCGGGGUUGUGGUAUGUCCAUACGUACAGCGCUCAGGCGAUCGAUCGACUCGUCGAACGAUUGUGGAGCAAUGUGGAGAUUGCAAAAUCGCCAAGUCAUUACGCACGUCAAGUGCGCAGCAUGUUUUUCGCAUCGUUGAUCAUAGAGACUAUCACGGUAGAAUCAGUGACUGAGGUGAAGUCGUAACAAGGUAGCCGUAGGGGAACCUGCGGCUGGAUUGACUCCUUUCCAAUAUACAUACCCAGAUUUGAUUUAAUGUCAAUCUAAUCAGACUAGUUACCAAAGGCGCGAAGCACAAUUCCAAGUCUACAAUGCGGGGUUGUGGUAUGUUCAUACGUACAGCGCUCAGGCGAUCGACCGACACGUCGAACGAUUGUGGAGCAAUGUGGAGAUUGCGAAAUCGCCAAGUCAAGUCAUUUGUUGACAAGGCUGGCUUAGGUUCUUGUAUAAUUUCGAGGGAAAUCGUCAUACCGAUAAAGCUGCUAGUGCCUG